AGGCAGGAAAUCGAUGGGAAGGGCCUGAGAGCAUCUGGUCCCUCUUCUGAGGACACUUGUGCAUCUCUGUCAGGCAUUUUAAAGACUGCCCACUCAAGGGUUUGUGCCUGCAGGCUGUGUGUGACCUCCUGCCACCUGCUUGUCCUGAGGACCCUUUAUGAGGAGGCUGUGGCAGAGUCAGUUGUUUUGGUGGCAGCAGCGGUUUUGCUCCUGAGAGGUUGUCAAGAACACGUGCCAAGGACAGGUGUCAUUGACUGUUAUUUUGGCCACAGCACUGCUCCCAUUCAGAGCCUUUCCUGGGCCAGCUCCAAAAUGGGUGGGAACCUGACAUAAAUUCCAGUUCAGUGAAUCUGACUUUUCCAGGAGGCUCUGAAACCAGGGACCAGGUGUCGUGUGUGGCAUACUGCCUGUAUGAACUUGGGUUCUGCUGGUUUUUAAUCUCCUGGAGGCUCAUUCUUUGGCUCACAGAACUGUCUGGAGAGUAGUGCUCCUCACAACAUAACUUUCUAAUGCUGCAAAACUUGUUCAUGCAAUAGCACAGUUCAAAAGAGAGUCCUUAUUUAGAGAGGUAGGAUCAAAAUCUGCUCUCCAUCAGUGUGAGCAGGGCCUUGAACUGUCCUUCUAAGUGGGAGAGAGAUUUCUGGAUGUUGAAGCCAGUGACAUGCACUAGCUCUGCACUGAGUGUAGCAGUAGAGACAGACCUGCUGAGGCUCUCAGGAGGGAAUUCUGGGCUCUCAGGGUAGAGAGAUCUGCCUGGAGUCAUGGGGCAGGGGUGUAAACUGGAGAGGUGCAUGUUUCCAGCAUUUCCUGCUCAGUUGAGAGGUUGCUUCAUUGCAAGCUGCAUGGCUCUCUUUGUAGUGCAGACUUUGAGGGUAUGUUUGGGAGUCAAGUACCUGCAAAGAAGAACAUGAAAAUGAUAGGGGACAGACAUUUUAGCAAGGCCUGUUGUGAUAGGACAAGGGGUAAUGGUUUAAGCUAAAAGGGGGGUGAUGCAGACUAGAAGACAUUUUUUACACAUGGCAAAUGCCUCCACUUACCUUUGGAAAAAUUUGCUAUGGCAUCAGUGAGCUGUUGCUUGUCCCACCUUUGUGUUUGUUUAGUGCAUUCAGAUUGAGGAUGGCUAAAUGUGAAGCUGUCUGGGUUUGAAUGGGGGCUCCUUCCCUUCCUCUCUUACUAAAGUAUAAAGUUAAAUACAUAGCAAAAACUGCAGUCACUCUGGAAUUUGACAUUAAACUUCAACUGAUGAAAGGUGUGGUAAUCGUUGCUUUUUUCCAAAUGGAUUCAGUGUUUCUGUACAACUUCCUGAUAUUUACUCAGUGCUUAGGAAGCUUGUGGUUGUUUCUCCUGUGUUCUCCAGGUUCUUUGCUUGGCUGACAGCCCCCUGCUUCGCUAUGGUCUUACCUGGUGAAGUGAGAUGCCAGUCAAAUCUGUGUUUUUGGGUUAUACAGCUGUUCUGCUAUUGCUGUUCUGAAAGCAGCAGGAAAGACUGAAGAGCAAAGCAGGAGAGUAGAAAACAUUCUAUUUUUAGGGGAAGAUUGGCUUAUCUCAUAUUUAUUCUAGCUAGGGGGAUAGUGUUUCCAGAGACCUCAGAUAAGUAAGGGCCACAUAAAGACUGAGUUAAUUUUAACUGCCUGGCAGUCCACAAGCAUGGAGUCUUCACAGGAGCCACAGGAGCUGGGACCUGGGACAGAAAUGAUUGCAGACACAGUUCUUGAGGUUGGAGAGAGACUGUUUCAGGUCAGCCGCAGGGUGCUUUCCGUGCACAGUCGGUACUUUGAAGCCAUGUUUUUUGGAGGGGCAAGAGAGAGCUCUGAGCAGCACAUAGUGAUCAAAGGGAUCGAUGCAGUGCCUUUUCAGGCACUACUUGAGUUCACUCGCACAGCCCAAGUGCUUAUAGGUCAAGAAAAUGUGACCAGUUUGCUGGAAACAGCUGAUUUUUUCCAGUUUGACAGGGUGAAACUGUUGUGUGAGAAAUUUCUGGAGAGAGAGCUGCAUGUUUCCAACUGCCUGGGCCUGAUGACCUACUCACAGCAAUUUGCCUUUACAGAGCUGUACGAGUCUGCUAUGAAUGUGGCUGUCACUCACUGGGGGGAUGUGAUGUGCCAGGAGGAAUUUAAGGCACUACCCAAAGAAAUGCUGAUGCAGCUCCUAAGAAGCGAUGACCUCUUCGUUUCACGAGAAGAUGUGGUUUUUGACAGUGUUAUGAGGUGGAUAACGGAGGACCCAGCAACGAGAGAGGAAGAAUUUCUGGAUUUGGUGGGAGAAGUCAGGGUCGCUUUUCUGAGUUUGUCUUUCCUUGAUCUCUUGGUGAAACGCAGCAAGCACCGUGGAGAGGCAGAUAUCUUUUCCAGACUAAUAAAGAAGUUAGACAGCUGUCCUCCACCCAGCUGGCAAAAUCCGAAACUCUGUCCCUAUGCUGGUCGGAGCUAUGACACCUUGUAUGUCCUGGGAGGAAAGCAUGACAAGGAACAGCAAGAAUUAUUUCUCUUUCAACCUAAAACAGGGACCUGGCAGGCUUGUUCUCCGCUGCAGCGCCGGAACCUCACCCAGUACGCAGUGGCAGCAGUAGGGAGCUUCGUUUUUGUGACAGGAGGGUAUUUCCGGGAUGAGUUUGUGUGGUACAGUGUGGAUUGGGUGCUCAUCUACAAUUGCUUGGACAACAGGUGGCUGGAAGGGCCAGCCAUGAAGAAGUCCCGCAACAGCCACUGUGCAGUGGGAGCAGGGCUCUACCUGUACGUGCUUGGAGGGAGCACCGACGAGGGGAUAAUCCCAGCAGUGGAGCGCAUGCCUUUGGUGGAAUCAGAGUGGGAAAGCAUGAGUCCUAUGGCCCAGCCUGUGGAGAGGGGUGAUGCAGUCAGUGUGGGAACCAGGAUCUAUGUGGUCUGUGGCCUGGAUGAGAACGGACAUGUAUAUGAUGGAGUGCAAAGGCUGAACACAGAGACGGACAGCUGGGAUGUCAUCUCCUUCUCCCCCCUUCCAAGGUAUGACCUCUGCAUCACGUCCCUGAACGGGGCUCUGUACACCAUAGGAGGGGGAGCUUUUCGAUUUGAUGUGGAGACCGAUGAAUGGACCCAGGUGAACGAGGAGUGCUUGACCCAGAAGUUCUUCAUGGGCUGCAGCACUGUGAAUGGACGAAUUUAUCUCCUUGGCCAGAGGAAGGGGAACAGUGCCCUGCCCACUGUGGUCCUCUUUGACCCCUACGUCGAUGUGUGCCAGGUCAUUGAUACCAAACUCCCUUGCCCCCUUCCUAUUCGCGGCUGUGUCUCUGUGCGAAGAUUCGAUACGUGGGCAUGAGCAAUGCCACAUCCACCAUAAUCAAAAAGUCAUCUGCUUUACAGCUGAAGGGAGUUAGAUUGCCUGGGAAAUUUUUUAAUUUUGAAAAUAGAUUUGUUCUUUUGUAACUUCAUCAUUUUUUUCUACAAAUGAACUUGAAGCAAAAGCCGGUGAAAACUUCAUGUCUGCACAAAGGCUGCAAGUCAUUAUUGAAAAUGGUACAUAAACUCCUCAGGGUUGUUGCUAA